AUGAGUCUUUCAGGGCUUCAGCUGGCAUUAACUGGUGCUCCUCCCAGUUCUGAGAUCUUCCUCUUCACUGAUGCAGCUGCUAAAGAUGUACACCUGAGAAGCACAGUGCUCGCACUCAUUGAGCAAACCAAGACGGUGGUUAACUUCAUGAUAACUGCCGUUCUGGGAUUUCGUCGUCGAAGGCAGAGUGAUGAUAGCCUCCAACAACAACAACAACAACCAAUCAGUCGAAUGGCAAGAUCAGAUGCUCAGCUGUACAGAGACCUGGCUCAGGCUUCAGGAGGUCUGGCUAUUGAAGUCUCAAAGAGUGAGCUCCUUGAAGCCACCAGCAUCAUAACACAGACAUCCAGCUCCUCUCUGGUGACCCUUCUGCAGGCAGCCAGGAAUCCAGGAAAGGCUGAAAAUUUCACCUUCACCAUUGACGAGUCGGUGAAAAACCUCACAGUUUACAUCACUGGGAACUCUGUGACCUUUACUCUUAUCAGCCCCUCAGGAGUGUCUCAGGAAAGCACCAACACGACAGGCUCACUGAUCACUGCAUCCCAGUCAGUGGGAAACUUCAAGACUCUGCAGCUAAAGCAACAAGUUGGACUGUGGGAAAUUCAAAUGGUGUCAACAAAUCCCUACAUUCUGAAGGUUGUAGGCGAAAGUCCAGUGGAUUUCCUGUUUAACUUUUUGGAGGAAUCGCAGGGCCCGUUCGGAGGUUUUGAUGUCGUAGACAAUCGUCCCAGAGCUGGUGUUAAUGGCAGCCUGAUGGUGACGCUGACCGGGAGUGAAUCCGCCACAGUGACAGAAGUCAUUCUGGUUGAAUCGUCUGGGUCGGGAGAGGUUAAUGGCAACGUGGAGGCUCAGGGUGGAGGAGACUUCUUGGCUCACUUUGACAGGAUACCAGCAGAGGAGUUUGUGGUGCUUGUGAAGGGGCAGAGCAACAAUGGUUCCUCCAGAAUGUCCUCAACAAACUUUCAAAGGCAGUCCCCCACCAACAUCAGAGCGUCUGCUGUGACUGUUACUUCUCCUGAUUCAGACAGCGUCUUAGUUCCAGGAACACCACUUUCAGUUCCCUUCACUGUGAUGACGAGCGGUGCAGGAGGAACCUUCAGCAUCCAAGCUACCAAUGACCAAAGUUUUCCCUCUACUUUCCCGUCCAGUUUAAUGCUGGAAACUGACGGCAGUGCCAACGGUACAGUGAACCUUACAGCACCUCUCAACACUGCGUCUGGUACUGUCGUCACCCUUACCAUUUCGGCCGAGGCUUCAGGAGGCGCAGACACCAACUACGUCGUGCGGCGUUUCACUGUCCUUGAAACGGUGACUGAUAUCACUAAGCCGGUGUGUGAGCUGCUCAGCCUACAGUCCAACUGCUCUGAUAACUGUGUGUUAUCAAUGUGGGAGCUCUCAGUUCAGGUGACUGAUGGUGCUAAUGGGACGGGUGUCGACCGUAUUACCCUCAGACAAGGCAACGGGACCUUGAACACCAGCUUGGCCACUGACAAUGAGAACAUAACCCUGGUUUCCUACAAUGCAUCUUGCUGUUCUCCUGAUGUGGAGCUGGUGGUUGUGGAUCGGGUGGGUAAUGUAGCCACAUGUUUCUACAGCGUCCGGAAAACUGCCGCCACCAGCUCACAAGCUGUGACCGUUGCUACAGCCACCAACAGUCCACAGCCUCCAACAGUAGCAGCUGUUGAGUCUUUGUCUAACAGAGCUGCUCAGUCUUUUCUUGUUUGCCUUAGCAUCACGGUCCUGGGGCUCAGUUUAACAUUUUAACUUGGGGUCAACUGAGUGCUUACAUGUUAGUGUGGGGGUGAGAUACAUUUAAAAAUGUGCUUUUGGCUUUGGAAAAUAAACUACAUACUCUAUACACUCAGUUGCCAGUUUUUUAGGUACACAUAACUAAAACUUAUGCAGUUUGAUCCUAUAAUAAUAAAGUACAUGUUUUGUUCACUAACACCCAAAAACUGAAAAAAUAUGCAAACAAAAAGCUUGAAAUAAGGAAUAUUACAUACAUGUAUAACAUUUUGUAUCAGAGCUGGAACCAUGAAACACAACCGUUACAAAGGACAAUACCACGGUAAAAUUGAUAAUACCAUCCAUUACUAUCACUGUACCACAGUAGUUUUUUGUAAAGGAACAUUCAGUUUUCACUUAAAGCAUCUGAGAGAGGUUUAAUUCAACUUUAUGGUUAUGUUGGAGGCUAUAGUGUUGUUGAACUGUAAUGCGUUACACAUAUAGGUGCUUCUUAUAUUUGGUCCAGCUAAACUGAUUUAGUCAGGGGAACCUAAUAAUCUGGCUCGUGAGUGUGUGUACAACUUGGUGAAUCAUACCACUGUAAAACAAUGUUGAAAUCUUUAAGCUAUGUGAUAUAAACAUGUUCUGUAGGCAUUACAGGGCACUUGGUGGUAGUGUAAAACCUUCUUUAAAGGGUUAUGGGGUUGUGAAUAUAUUAGGGAGAUUUGAUCAUGUCAGUUUAAUUAUGAUAUCUCAAUCAAGGAUCAUUCAUUAAUGUUUUUAGUGCUACUGAUGUUAAGUUGUGGAAUGGGGUUCUGUUUACACAUAAAUAAAAUUUAAAACCC